CAUCGGAAGCCGAGCCCUUAGAGAAACCAGGCGCCGCUAGUGCGCACUGGCCUACUGGAGGUAGGCGAGGCGUGUGACUUUCCCUGUGUUCCGGGGAGCGGAUGGUGCAUCACCAGCCCCCAGUGCUAGUCCUGUGCACCCGAGUUUUGAGUACCUCUCCUGCAUAAGGAGAAGCCGAGUAUACCCUUACGGCGUCACACUUAAUUUCUGAGCACUUCGUGUGUGAGACUUAGGUGGUGGCCCUCGUGAGCACCCUGAUCCGGACGACAGACGAGCCAGGCGAUGAGUGAGAAGCUGGACACGGAAGUAAAGCAAAGGGAGAGAGCUACAGGAGAUGUGGACCUGGUUCCGGAGCACAUGGAGGGCUGCGGCCCAGAUGCCAGUGCAGCACACAGCCCUGCAGUCCCAGAAUGUCAGGAACAGCCUGGACCAGCUGCAGGGCCUGGAACUCAGCCUGGGCUCUACAGCUACAUAAGGGAUGACCUGUUCACCUCAGAGAUCUUUAAACUGGAGCUGCAAAAUGUGCCUCGCCAUGCCAGCUUCAGUGACGUCCGGCGCUUUUUGGGCCGUUUUGGCCUACAAUCCCACAAAAUUAAACUCUUUGGACAACCACCAUGUGCCUUUGUAACAUUUCGCAGCGCCGCUGAACGAGACAAGGCCUUGCGAGUGCUGCACGGCGCUCUCUGGAAAGGCCGCCCACUCAGCGUGCGCCUGGCUCGCCCCAAGGCUGACCCCAUGGCUAGGAAGCGGCGGCAGGAAGGUGAUGGUGAGCCAUCAGUUACGCAGAUUGCCGACGUGGUGACCCCUCUUUGGACAGUGCCCUACUCCGAGCAGCUGGAGCAGAAGCGGCAGGAAUGUGAGCGUGUGCUACAGAAGCUGGCCAAGGAAAUUGGGAGCACUAACCGUGCCCUGCUACCCUGGCUGCUCACUCAGAGACAACGACACAAUAAGGCUUGUUGCCCACUGGAGGGGAUCAGGCCAUCACCCCAGCAGACUGAAUAUCGUAAUAAGUGUGAGUUUCUGGUCGGAGUUGGGGUAGAUGGAGAAGACAACACUGUUGGCUGCCGGCUUGGCAAGUACAGGGGUGGAACCUGUGCUGUGGCAGCCCCCUUUGACACUGUGCACAUUCCAGAGGCCACUAAGCAGGUGGUGAAGGCCUUCCAGGAAUUCAUUCGGUCCACCCCAUACUUGGCAUAUGAUCCCGAGACAUAUACAGGCCACUGGAAGCAGCUGACUGUUCGGACCAGCCGCAGAGGCCAGGCCAUGGCCAUUGUCUACUUCCACCCCCAGAAACUGAGCUCGGAGGAGGUGGCAGGGCUGAAGGCCUCCCUGGUGUACCAUUUCAUGGAAGGACCAGGCAAGGCCAGUGGGGUGACCUGCCUCUACUUUGUGGAGGAGGGACAGAGGAAGACUCCCAGCCAGGAAGGCCUGCCCCUGGAGCAUAUGGCUGGUGACCAGUGCAUCCAGGAGGAUCUACUGGGCCUGACCUUCCGCAUCUCCCCUCAUGCAUUCUUCCAGGUAAACACGCCUGCAGCUGAGGUGCUCUACACAGUUAUCCAGGAAUGGGCUCAGUUGGAUGGGAGCAGUACCGUGCUGGAUGUAUGCUGUGGCACUGGAACCAUAGGCCUGGCCCUGGCCCAGAAGGUGAAGAGAGUAGUUGGGAUUGAACUGUGCCAGGAGGCUGUGGAGGAUGCCCGUGUAAAUGCCCUCACCAAUGAGUUGAGCAAUGUUGAGUUCCACUGCGGCAGAGCUGAGGAUCUUGUGCCAGGCUUGGUGAGCAGACUGUCCUCCCAGCAACUUGUAGCUGUCCUAGACCCACCACGGGCUGGCCUACAUUCCAAGGUGAUUCUGGCCAUUCGUAGAGCUGAGAACAUCAAGCGACUCCUGUAUGUUUCCUGCAAUCCCCGGGCAGCCAUGAGCAACUUUGUGGACCUCUGCAGGGCCCCGUCUAACCGAGUAAAAGGCAUCCCAUUCCAUCCAGUCAAGGCUGUGGCCGUAGACCUGUUCCCACAGACUCCACACUGCGAAAUGCUUAUCCUGUUUGAGAGGAUGGAACAACAUCCUAACGGCAUAGGAACCCUGGGGCAUCAAGACUCUCAAACUCCAAGAAAUCUUCCUGAUACCACCCCACUGGAAACAGAGAUUGCUCUCUCAUCCUAGAUUCUGGGAACUGCAGAACAAAAGCUAGGAACUCCUUAUAGCUUCCUACUAAGAUGGUGGUAGGCAUGAGGCCUACCCUAGCUGGUAUCAAUUCAAAGAGUAUGAACACCUGUGUCCUGUAAAGGGACUGCCAAACUCUAAAAUAAACAAUUGUUGACUUGC